AUGGGUUGUUGUAAAACAUGCUGUAAGGUUUUUGGUACAACCGUUGGUGUCGUAUUUCUUAUAUUAUUAUAUGCUGUUUUCUUUGCGGCAAUUAUCAUUGGUCCAACUCGAAUAAAUUCAUGCCCAGCUGAACCUCGAUUAGUUACCUGGUUAAUUGCCUUUGGCAGCCUAGAUAAAACUGAAUGUGAUGAACUUGUACGAAAGUUCGUGGAAAUUGCUGCAGCAACAGUCCUGUCUGCUCUUGGUUUACUAAUCUUAUCAGGCUGUGCGUUCUGGGGCUAUGAUUCAUGUUGUAAUUCAAAAAAAAAGCUCCGAUGA